ACACCGGCAAGAUGGCGGAGGGGGAGGACGGUGGCUGGUGGCGGAGCUGGCUCCAGCAGAGCUACCAGGCUGUCAAGGAGAAGUCCACAGAGGCUUUGGAAUUCAUGAAGAGGGACCUGGCUGAGUUCACCCAGGUGGUGCAGCACGACACCGCCUGCACCAUCGCCGCCACGGCCAGCGUGGUCAAGGACAAGCUGGCACGGGCAGAAGGCUCAGGUGCCACUGAGAAGGUGAGGAAGGGCCUGUCUGACUUCCUGGGGGUCAUCUCGGACACUUUUGCUCCCUCUCCUGACAAAACCAUCGACUGCGACGUUAUCACCCUGAUGGCGACGCCCUCGGGCACCACCGAGCCCUUUUUUGGGGCAGUUUCCUUGUCACAACACCAGAUGUUGCUGAUGCACAGUUACCCCAAGGGGACGGUGCCCUCGCUGCUCUCCCUGGCCCUGGGGGUGGUGGGGUGACACUUUCUGCCUUUGUCCUGCCCUCUCCAGGCCUGGGGGUUCCCUGCUGGCUUUGGACAGCACUAAACGAGGUGCACUCGGAAGAGUUGGGGGUUUAAGGUUGGGUUUUCCUUCUUUAGGGUGACUCCUGGUGGGAGCAUCCCUCUCCUGGGUCCAGCAGAGCCUCAGCUUGUCCUGGGCAGGGGACACAGGGGACACAGUGGGGACCUGGUGCAGCAUCUGUGUCACUUUCUUUCCUUCUUUAGUCGAAUUAACCCUUGGGUUGGUUGUGCAAUAUUUUCUGUUCUCGAACUAUUCCGCAUCUCCCUGAGCCUUUUGUAGCUGGGGUGAGAAACCAGGAGCAAUUCUAACAGCUGGUAGUUUUGUAACGAUGACUUUCUCCAAACCUUUUGCAGUUAACAGCAAUUAAAGGAGUUCUCAGAG